CCCAUUCAUCAUUGGAAGCUGAGGGCAUGGGUGCAAGGUCGGAGUUUCUGAUUGGAGUUUUAUUACUUUUCCAGUUGUUGGCUGAUCGGCUUUGGUGUGCAGCAGCAUCGGAGUCGCUUUACGAUGUGUCUUACUCAGUCAACACAGUCAAGCCCAGAGUGGAUGAAAUUGUUUCGGUUGACACACACAUGUAUAGCCACAGAUGGAAGCGACAGUCAGUGGAUACGAACAGGCCAAGUGUUGGGCAAGACUUCCCUGACAUGUUCCUUGAAGGUACAAAUGAAAAUGGCACAGAAAUUGAGGAGGAUACUGAUCACAAGUACUACACAUCCAGAACAUAUGGACCACUGGAUCCUGCUAGUAGGGAUUUAUGGGUGAACAUUGAUCAAAUGGAAAAAGAAAAAGUAAAGAUUCAUGGAAUACUUUCAAACACACAUCGUCAAGCUGCGAGAGUGAACCUGUCCUUUGAUUUUCCAUUUUACGGCCAUUUUCUACGUGAAAUUACCGUGGCGACUGGAGGUUUUAUUUAUACAGGAGAAGUGGUCCAUCGAAUGCUGACCGCCACGCAGUACAUCGCUCCCUUAAUGGCCAAUUUUGAUCCGAGCGUGUCCAGAAAUUCAACAGUCAGAUACUUUGAUAAUGGUACUGCGCUUGUUGUUCAGUGGGAUCACGUACAUUUACGGGACAACUACAGCCUUGGGAGUUUCACGUUCCAGGCCACGCUAAUUAAUGACGGGCGGAUAGUGUUUGGGUAUAAAGAUAUUCCUGUUCCAGUGAUGCAGAUAAGCUCCACCAAUCAUCCAGUCAAAGUGGGGCUGUCAGACGCCUUUGUGGUGGUUCACAAGAUUCAGCAAAUUCCCAAUGUUCGUAGAAGGACAAUUUUUGAAUAUCACCGAGUGGAGCUGGAAAUGACCAAAAUUACCAACUUCUCUGCUGUUGAGAUGCUGCCUCUACCAACCUGUCUCCAGUUUAACAGCUGCAGUUCUUGUGUCUCCUCCAUGAUUGGCUUCAACUGUAGCUGGUGCAAUAUUCUCCAAAGGUGUUCCAGUGGAUUUGACCGUCACCGACAAGACUGGGUAGAAAAUGGCUGCGCUGAAGAGUCCAAAGAUACAGUUUGUGAGGACCUGCUUCAGACAACUGGAGUUUCACAUCAUGCAACCACAGGACUUCAUGCAACAACCUCAAUAUAUUCUUUCACUACAACUGCAAGAAUGGCAUCCCACUUUCCCAGCAGCCUUCCGACAGAAGAUGACACAAAAAUAGCUCUUCAUCUCAAAGACAAUGGAGCUUCUACAGAUAACAGUGCAGCUGAGAUGAAAAAUGGAACCCUACACACGGGAUUAAUCAUCGGAAUACUGAUAGUGAUUCUGCUUGUAAUUACCGCCAUUCUUGUGGCAGUCUACAUGUACCAUCAUCCAACAUCAUCGGCUAGUCUCUUUUUAAUUGAGCGCCGUCCAAGCAGGUGGCCAGCCAUGAAGUUUAGAAGAGGAUCAGGACAUCCUGCCUAUGCUGAAGUGGAGCCUACUGGAGAAAAAGAAGGUUUCAUUGUCUCUGAGCAAUGUUAAAAUUUUUGAACAAAACGCCAGUACUGGUUUCUGGUGUGACAUUUAUAUUUUUGAUAUCUUUUCCAAGGAAAGCUGUGAGCUACCAAUGCUGAAGCAGAAAAUGAAUUCCGGCAAGAGCUUAUAAAGAUGAAAGAGCAUUUUCUCUCUCAUAUUCAAAUACCUAUCACAGUGGUCUUCCUUUGUGGAAUCUUACAGAAAUGCCAGGAACCACCAUUGGACAAGAGUAGAAAAAAUAUACAGGGACUCUUCUACUGGAUUCAGGAGAGAACUGACAAAAAUGACUUUGAGUGUCUUUACUAUACAGGGCAUCUCUAUACUGUUUUUGUGGUCUUUUAUGGGAUGACACAUAGACAAUACAUGUGCGAAAAACAAACCAAUAUAUCAAACAUAGAGGUGAAGGAAAAUAUGGAAUCUUAUAUAGUGUAACAAGUAGGAGAAACUUAAAUAUAAAACGGUGUAAUAUGGCAUCAACUGCAACAAAGAACAUAGUGUCGCUGUCACUGCCAACUUUGGUGUUUAAAUAACAUGCUUAUAUUUACAGAUAAAUUAGAACAUGCACUAUUAAUGUGCAAGCCCAACAAAGUGUUAUAUUUGAAAUGAUGUACCUAAUAUAUGGACUUCUGUGCCAGCCUAGGAGUACACGAUUUUUCCAAAAGUGAUGAUUAAUUCCAACAAGUUGACUCGCAAGUUUCAUAUUUUUGAAUAGUCUUUAUUUAACACCCCAGUGGUAACAUCAUAGGACAUGAAAGAGCGGUCUCAGCAGCACUUGAGCAUGCCCAACAAGCAACAACCAGCAGCGGUGAGCCGGCUGAGCAUCAGAAAGAAGCAUUGCAAGUUACAAAAAGUGCAUAUCACUAUAGAUGACCCAUUUGGAGGUGUGGACCAAGCCUAUGGGUGAUAAUCCCUGUUAAUAAGGUACAAGUGCUUCCCUCAAGGCUUAACCACUUACAAAAACACUUUUUUGAAUGUGUUUUAUGCUUUUAAUCCAAUUAUGAUGAGUUACUAUUGGCCAUGUUUGUGCUGCACCUUUAUCAGUGGCAAUUGUUUGAGAAUUGCAAUAUUGCCCGUAAUACCUAGCUGAAAGGUGUUAAAAGCUUUUUCCUUUAGUUGCCAUAUAUAUUGCAUUAAAAAUGUACAGGCACUUUUCAAAACUCUUUGGGCUGGUGGAGAAAGUUCUACUUGUGCAAAACAAGGCAACUAAAUCUGGUUGGCAAAUUUCAUGUUUCAUCACAUAUUUUUCUAUUGUACAUUGUAACUAAGAACAUUUCCGCACUCAGAUGAUACUCAACUGGAUUUCGUUAUUUUACCAUUUCUUUUAUAUUUUACACAUAUUUUGACAAUAACUGUGCUUUGGUUUUAAGGAGAUUCACAUAUAUUGUAGAAACAGGUCCAUAAUCUAAGGAUUCCAUCCCUGUACGUUGGUAUGGGAACACUUAUGAGUGGAUGACAGGUAGAACUGCUUUUACGGCAAAAAUCUUGGUUUAAUCACAAAAACUUUGCCCAUUUGUUUACAUUAUCCAUUUAAAGUUCAUUUACUGCUUUUGCCGUGCAUUCAAGCUUUUAAAUCAACCAUGAUAUUGUGGCAUCAUGGCAUUAAACUAUAUAUAUUUUUCAUACUUUUCUUGUGGUGGUAUAAAAAAAAACAUUCUUUUAUAUAGACAGGCCUGAUUUGGGUAGGAUUUAAAGGAGAAGGAAAGUCAUUUUGGCAUUUUACUGCCAAUAGAUUCGCCACAUUAGUGCCCCUAGAACACUAUAUUUAUUCUGCAGAAAGCAUUACCAUACCGGAGUAAAGAACCCUAAAAGCUCCCUCCGUUUGUUUAAGAUAGCAGCUGCCAUUUUAGCUUGGUCUUCAUAGCUUGCAGCUUAGCCGUUAUAGCUCAGAUUAUACAUUCCCAAGGGAGGGGGGAGGGAGUUUUGUAAAUUCUUAUGGGAGGGGGAGCAGGAGAGAGGAGGGAGCUGCACAGACUCUGGCCUCGGGAACAAAGGAUUUUUCUGACAGAGGAAAGUCACAUACCGUAAGAACAUGUUCACAAAAAAGGAGACAAGAAAUCCUGUGUUUCUUUUGAUAGAGGACUCAGUGCAGCGUUUCUGUGAGUGCUUAUGGCUGUAUUUACAUAGACCUUUCUGAUAAAGCUUACUUAGUUUUUACCUUUCCUUCUCCCUUAAAGGCAAAAUGCAUUGUCCCUAUUACAAUGAUUAUUUUUAUGAAUUAGAUUUCUAUGGACUCAGAACAUUCUCAAGAUAUUAUAUAUAUAUAUAUACAGUGGUUUUGAAUGUUUGCAAACCCUUUAAAAUUAUCUAUAUUUUUUAUGACCAAAUAUAAUAAUGUUUGUUUUUGUUAUUUAACUUGGUUUCUUUAUCUACUUUUAGAUGAAGUUGAUUUGUUUGGAAAUCAGAUGAUGUUUUAGAAAAUGUUAAAGGGUUUACCAACUUUUUAUGCACCACUGUAUACACAGGAAGCAUUUAGACACAUAGGAGCAGAUUUAUUAACAUCCAGGACUUAGAUUUAUCUUGCAAGUGAGAAAGAUCACAUACCAUUUCUUGGGUUUUUUCACCCUCAUGCAUUAAAUCAUUUAGGGUUACUUGAGGUUCCCAUCAUUAUUUAUUAAAUAAAAUGACAAACAUAACAAAGAAUUAAGGCGAGUCCCUUGAUAAAAUAUUUCAUGAAAGAAAUUUGACCAUCGAUUUUGAUCUCUACCGUGUUUAAGAAAAAAAAACACCAGUGAAAUUUUUCUUUCAAAAAAAUUUGAAAUCUCACAGAAACAUUUCCAUAUACAGAAGACAUUUUGUUUUUACAUGAUCAAACUAAGGGCGAACAUCUCAACAUUUUAUAAAUCUGCCCAUUAGUUUUAUUCAAUUCACUACCUGUUCAAGAACCCUUACAGGAAUGUAUUUUUUUUUUUGUAAAUGACUGUGAUGGAACACUUUGUUCAUUCAGGUAAUUUCGUGGCCUUCUGAAAGGAAUUCGUGAUCUACAAUUAGUUUGUUUACAGUACAAAAAGGUUUGAAGUCCCCCAGAUUUGGCCUUCCCCCCAAGACCUCAAUAUUGCCCUAGAACUAGAAAAAAUUGAAUAGCACUGAUUUAUACAUAUAUAUACUGAUUCUUUUAAUUUAAAUCAGUGAUCCCCAACCUUUCUUACUCAUAAGCCACAGCCAAAUGUAAAAAAACUUGGGGAGCAACACAAGCAUCAUAAAUGUUCAUGGAGGUGCCAAAUAAGGGCUGUGAUUGGCUAUUAGGGGCCUCUAUGCACACUAUCAGCUUACAGGGGCUUUAUUUGGUAGGAAAUCUUGUUUUUAUUCAACCAAAACUUGCCCCCAAGUCAGGAAUUCAAAAAUAACUACCUGGUUUGGGGGCACUGAGAGCAACAUCCAAGGGGUUAGUGAGCAACAUGUUGCCCCCGAGCCUCUGGUUGGGGAACACUGCUUUAUAUAAUUGAAUGAUACCAUCAACAUGGCUCCUUAAUUAUCUACUACAAAAAUUUUUUAUUAAAAUGAAUGUCAAGAAUUGUGAAAUAGUUUGUGUAAUCCACAAUUACUCCUAAUAUAAACCAGUUAUGACUACAAGAUCUUGAGGAAUAUGUAAUAAAUUAUUUUACAUGGCACUGUAGUUGGUAGAGUGUAAUGGCAACAUGGUUAGUCUUUAACCAUUCUUAAUGCAUCUGUAUAAAUAUGAUUGCAGAUUAUCUAUUCUCAGGAAUCAUUUCUAGCAAUGUCUUGUGUCAGACGGGUCAACAAAACAAUAUAUUAAAGUGUUUAAAAAAAAUAAUCACAGAAAUGUAUUACCUUCUUGCAGCACACAAUAGAAUGGUUGCACCCCACAUGGGUAUUUGUGUACAUUAUGUAUUUGUAGGUGCUAGAAUUUCAAAGAACGUAACAAAUUGAAUGAGGCCUACAGCUAUAGCGCUGAAUGAUAUCUAGCUUUAGAACAUACAGUAUUUAUCACUGAUGCAGAAUCUUGGUCAUCAAGACCUUACAUUUAUUAUGACACAGAAAAAAGAGAAAUCUGGGUAUAUUUUGCUCAAAAUCUUUUCAUGAGAGCAGAAAUGACGAUACAGUAUCUCUUGAUAAAUGUUUUGAUUCCAUAAGAGCUGGAGAGUUCCCUGUACAGUGACCCUGUUUGGUAACAGUUCUCUACCUUUGUCCAUUUGCCUUUUAUUCCAUAUGUCCCCUGUCUAUUAUGGGCAACACUGUUUCAUUCAAGGUGAAUUGCUCACAUGAUAUUGUAUGCAAUCCUGCAAUAAAUCGUAGUGGGGGUAAGAGAAGAACAAUAGGUUUAUAAUUCACCAUGAAAUCUUCAAAGCUGUACAGGAGAUAAAGAAAUAGAGCUGGGAAUGAUACUAUAUUAACAGGAUAGCAUAAAGGAAAAUAUACUUAUUUUACUGUGUUCUUCGACAAUAAAGGUGCUUACUUUUAAUUAAAAUUAAUCAUUUUU